AUGACUAGUCGUGACGGUAUAAAUCGAACACGUUUACGACCAACAAAUCCAAUUGGUGAUCAAGUAUUAACACCGCUAGGACGUGGGCCAACAACAAAUUCCUCAAUAUCAACAUCAACACCUCUCAAUUCAAUUUCAUCAACACCAGUACCAACAACUGUUGUACAAAACUCUGGUAAUGUUCGUUUACGACGAAAUCUGAAUAAUCCAAUUAAUAAUAAUAACAAUAACAAUCUUGAAACUGAUUCGAAUUCUAUUGUUGAUGUUGGCAUAUUUGAUACACCAACAGCAAUCAUAGCAUUUGAUGCUGAACAAUUUCGUACAGAAAUAAAAGCCAAUGGACGUGAUGAAAAACGUUUAGAACAAUUAAUACUUACUGCAAUAAAUUAUUUUUUAACAACAUCAAAACGUUCAUCACAACAAAUAGCUGAUUAUACCGUAUUAUCAAUUCUUGCAUGGUCUGUAGCAUUACAUUCGGAAAUCUUUCGAUUAACAUCUGUAUUAAAAGCAAUGUGUAAUCUACUUAAAGGAUCAACAUUAACAAAAACAAUGAAAACAUUUCCAACAGUAAAUAAUGGAAAUAAUUUAAAUGUAACAGCAACACCUUAUGCACUUGUUUGUCAAAUACUAUGGCAUGCGUUUAAAGAUCAAACAAAUUGGCCAGAUGAAUUCAUUGAAGCAUAUGUUGAUGAUGCAUUAGGUGAACAAAAUUGGAUAAAAAAUCCUGAUUGUCAAUUAUUUGUCUCAAAUAUUCAAACAGCUUUUAAUACACGUCCAUGUACAUGGAAAUUAGAUCGAUUAAAAAUCUUUCCAUCAAUUCCUCUUUCUUCCACAACACCCGCAACUACACCUGCACAAAUCUUAUCAACACUAAAUGAUGAAACAAGUAAUGAUAGUAAUAAUAACAAUGAAUCAUUAUCAUUAACAACAACUGAAUCCGAACCAUCAAUACAUACGAUGGAUGAUACAAUAACGAAUAAUAAUAAUAAUAAUAAUACAGAUAAUCAAUUAAUUAUUCCACGUUAUGAAGGACGUAGUCAAGCUAUUCAAAAUUUUCUUCAAACAUUAUUAACAACAAAUGCAAAAAUAAAAGCAACAAGUGGAAAUUCAGCUAUUUUAAAUCCUUCAAAUCCAUCAACAGCAACAUCAACAACUACAAGUCAACCACAUGAAACAGAUAAAUUACUUUAUUUACUUGAAUAUUUAUGUGGUUUAUCAGAUAUACGUUUAUAUAUAUUAUCAAGACUUGAUAUAUGGUUGCAAAAUCCGAAAUUAAGUCGUACAGCAGAAAAAUUAAUGAUAACAUUAUGUGAAAAUUUAACUAAACCAACAACAUUAAAUAAUAAUACAUUAACAAAUGGACAUAGUAAUCAUAAUGAUUUAUCAUAUAUAGAUGAACGUGCUAUUGAACAAUUAGUUAAUUUACGUUUUAAAGUACGUGCAUCAGGUGUAACAAGUAAAAUGUAUAUAUUAUGUAUACGUGAAAUGUUAAAAAAUGAUGCUAAUCUUGUUGAUAUUAUUGUUCGAUUUAUAAUACAUAAUGAAUUACAACAAGUUUCAUCACCAUCAACAAUAAUAAUUACAAGUAAAAAUCCAAAUAAUUUACCAUUACUUCAUGCAUGUUGUCAAUCUCAACCUGAACAUACAUGUCAAUCAUUAGCUUAUACAAUACAAAAUAUUCUUCUUCUAACUAAUGUAACAACAACAUCGAAAGAUUAUGAUAAUUUAUUAAAAUUAAUACGACCAUUUCUACGUGAUCUUAUGCGUUAUACAAAAAAUGAUUUUGAUUCAACUAAAUUUUGUAUGUAUUUAAUUGAUAUGCAAUAUUCAAAUAAUUUACAACAACAAUUUUGGACUAUGGUUCAACAACAAGAUCCAUCGAAUAAUGAGAUAACAUCUCAUCGUUUAUUAAAACGUUUAUUAGAAUGUGAUAUGUCAACUCGUGAACGUUUUCUUUAUGCAAUAUGUGAUCUUAUUCCAAUGAUAAUUCUUGCAUCAGCUCAAACAUAUAAUUCAAUAAAUUCAAAUGUAACAACACCACGUUCAUCAUUAUCAACAAUGAAUAAUGAUCAAUGGUUAUUAUUUAUUCAACGGAUAUCAUUUAUACAAUGUAGUUCAUGUUUAUUUUUUCUUUAUACAUUACCACGUUUAUUUGAUUCAACAUCAACAAUAAAUCCAAUAAAUUAUGUUACAUGUUUAUAUAGUAUAUUAUUUACAAAUCAAGUUAAUUCAUAUUUACGUAUUGAAAAUUGGCCACCCGAAGAACCUAUAGGUUUACGUAAUGAAUUAUUUCGUUUAUCAUCGGAAAUACCAUUACUUGGUGAAACAUUAUAUUUACUUAUACAAAUUGGUUUAACACCACAAUUUCGUAUAAAUCCAUCGAUAAUUAUCGAUUUAAUCGAUCUUAUUGUUCGACGUACAUUAAAUGUUGAACAAAAAUUUUCUAAUGAUCACAUAUCAAUAUAUCUUCAUUUACCUGAAAAUCAAUGUGAAAUAUUUUUGAAGAAAUUUUUUGAUUUAACACGUUAUCAUAUACCAAUUCAAACACAAUUCCCGUCAACAUAUCAAAUACCAAAAAAUUUAUCAAUAACAGAUAUUUUUUGGAAAACAUGUUUAAUAUGUUUAUUAUUAGCAUCACAUGAUCCACAUAUAUUUGGUCGUUAUAUAUGGUUAUCAAUACCACAAAUACGUUUAUUUAUGGAAAUGUUAUUAACAGGUGAUUAUACAUAUCCACCAAAAUCAAUGAUUGAAACAAAAGAUUUCUUAGAGAAAUUUUAUCAACAAGAACGUUUACAAUUACGUGAAGAAAAAGAUUUAAUAUUAGAACUUGAAAAAUAUUUAGCAUCACCUAAAAUUAUUGAUGAAACAAAUAGUCAAUUAUUAGGAAAAAUUACUGUAUUAGAUUUAAAACAAAUAAAACGACCAUCAAGUCAUGAAAAAAAUGAAAAAAAUAUUUAUAAUCUUAUACAAGGUUUUAAUAAUUUAUAUAAAUUAUCUUCAAUGUUAUGUCGUUGUCGUUCACCUGAUUUUAUUCUGAAUAUAUUAAAUCGAAAAGAACAACAAGGUAAAAAUAUACUCGAUAGUCAAACAUCAUGGUUAACAAGUUUAAUUGAUUCAAAUAUUGAUUGUUUAAAUGUUUUUCCAAUAAUUUGUUUAUGUGAUUAUUUUCAACAUAUGAUUAUGAUUUAUAAGAAUAAAAAUCUGAAAAAUAAUGUUCCAUCGAAAAAAACUUUACAUGCACUUGAAACGAUUCUAAUGAGAUUUAAAUCGAUUAUUAAAACAGUUAAACAACAAAUUGAAGCAAAUACACAGAAAUUCUCUCUGGAUUCUCCUGAAAUCGAAGAUAUGACAUGUAUUCUUAAUUAUUUUCUCAACUGUCUUAAUUCAAAUAUAUCAACAAUGCGUUCAAAUGCUUGGCUUUGUUUAUAUAUAAUAUUAAAUGAUAAUAAUCAAAUGCCUAUUAUUGAAAAUCUUCUAUUAAAAUCUGAUCAAUUAACUGAUACAAAUAUUGAAUUAAUAUUAACAAUAAUAUCAAAAUUUAAAUCAUUACAUAAAACACAAUUAUUAAUUAAACAAAUAUUAUCUGAAACAUGUCAUUUUGAAACAAAUAUUUAUUAUUUACAUUAUUCAAUUAUAUUUAUUAUUGAUAAUUGUCAAAUUGAUUCCGAUAAUGAUAUUAUGUUAUUAUCAAACUUAGCACGAGCAUUAAAUCAUCGACAUUCAAUACUUUAUUUACUUAUACAAUAUGAUAGACAAGAAAAAAAUUUUAAAUUAAUUGAAAAAUUCUUCUAUUUUAUGACAAAUAUGUUAAUAAAACAACUUCAAAAUUCAUUAAAAUAUCCAAUUGAAAUACAAUCCAAUGAUAUUUCUGAUGAACAAGAAUUAUUAAAUACUCAAACAUAUUUAAUAUUACCAAAUUUAAAUCAAGAACAAUUAGAUAUAAUAAAACAAUUGGAAAUUCAUAUGAAAAUUACUAAUAGUUUUCUUUGGUCAAUUAAUAUGAAUAAACAUUAUUUACAAAUUGAUUCAGUACUUAUUGAAUUAUUAUUAAUUUUUUUAGCAUAUUUCGAUUUUAAUAAUCCAAAUAUAAAACAUUUAAAUGAUCUAGCUAAUUUACUCCAACAAUUUUUUCUUAAUACUAAUUCUACACCUUGCUUUACAACAAUCAAACAAUUUAAUCAACCAAUACCUAUCAAACAAACUCAAGAAGAGAGCUCUUCAACUGAUGAAAAUGCCGAACAUUUCAAACAAUUUGCUAUAGAAGAUAAUGAUCAACCGGAAAAUAGUCGUAAACGUCGUUUAUCACAUUCAACGUCGACUGAAAAAGUGUUUCUAACAUCAUCAACAAAAUCAGUUUAUCGUAUUGUUCCAAUUAAUAAUGAGAAUGAAUACUCAUUGUUUUUGUCAGAUGAUUUACAAUAUUUUAUAUUUAAAUCAAAUAAUUUUGCAUUAGUUAAACAAUGUAUUAAUCAAGCAUCAUUUUUAACAUGUUUAAAAAUGUUUAAAUUAUCUGUUAUAUCUCAUGAAAAUAUAAAUUAUUUGUGUCAACAUGUAAAUCAAUUAAUUGAUGGAUCAUCAAAACAAAUUCAUACAUAUAUUAAACAAUCAUCAUUUAUACUUCCUCUUAUAAAUAGAUGGAUUAUUGAACAAUUACCAGAAGCGAUUAAACUUGGAGAAAAAUUAAAAAAACUGUUAGAUAAAAAGAGAAAAUCUCAUAGUACAUCACAAGAUUCCGACCAAAAAUCUUUAAUUCCAACAACAUCACGUGUUUUAUCAUCAAUAUCUGAUCAAAUACAUUCAUUUGAUCUUCGAAUAAAUACAUUAUAUAAUAAAAAUUCUCCAAAGGAAAUUUCACUUGAUGAUAAAAUGGAUACAUCGAAUACGAAUAUUCUUAUACCAUGGAAUAAUUUAAAUGAAUGUGAAGAAUUAUUAAAAUGUUUAGUUAAUAAAAAUUUUGAUUCAUUAAAACGUCAUCAAUUACUUGUACAAUUACAAUGGUUAACAAAUACUUCCGAUGAAUAUCGUUCUCAAUUAUUUCAAACACUAUUAAAAUGUUGUCAAUCAACUUAUAAAGAUGAAUUUAUUCAAAAUCUUAAUCAACAAUUUAAUAGUUCAUUUGUUUUAUUGAAUAUAUUUUUGAAAAAUAAAUUUUCAAAUGAUGAUUUUAUGAAAUUAAUUAAUGUAUUAGAUACAUAUGAUACUGAUAAUAAAAGUAUAUUUCAAAUGAAAAUUAAAGAUUUCAAACAUAUUAUUGAACAAUUUCAAAAUAAUAAAAUUUUGUUAACCGAUGAUGAAAAUCAAAAAUCUUUAACGAUUAAUAAUAUGUUAAAUAUUUUUAAUAGUUAUUCAUCUAUAAGUGAUUAUAGAAUUGAAAAAGAUUUUUAUAAAUAUUUAAAAUCAAAUAAUCAAAAUGAAGAUGAAUGUAAACGUUUAUUAAUGAAUGUACUUGUUCAAGUUGAAUAUAAAUUAUCAGAACCAACAAUUGGUAUGAUUUUAGAUCAACUGGAAAAAAUGGAUUAUAAAUCUUCAAGAUCAUCAAGUACUUCAAUUUAUGCAAAUCAUCUUCUGUUCUCUCAACGAACAGACUCAUCGAUAUCUCAACGUUUGCUAUUAAAACGAUUUCUUCAUUCUUGUGAUUGGCCAAUAAUUCUUAAUUGUAUAUCGGAUCUAUUAACUUUAUCACCAUCAGAUUCUACUCCAUUUACAUUUAUAAAUAAUUCAACAUUAACUCAUCAACGUCUAAUAUCAACACGUUCAUUAAAACAAUCAUGUUCAUCAUUAUUAAACAAUCGUGAUAGUACUUUAAUACUUGAUAUGUUGGAAGCAUUCAUAAAAUUAUCACCAUUAUGGUCUGGUAGAGAAUUUAAAAUGCUUGAUCGUUGUCAUGAUGAAUUAUUAUUUGAUUUAAAUGAACAACAUAUAUAUACAUUAAUACUUUAUAUACUUGAUGAAGGUGAACGUCGAUUAAAUUCAAAUGAAAAUCAUUAUGAACAAUAUCAAAAACGUUAUGAAACAAUCUUAUAUAAUUUAAUAAAAAAUCCUGAAAAGAAAUUAUUAUUUCAUAAUUGUUUACAAAAAUUUCUCAUUGAUUCCGAAACAAUUCAUUGGUUUAAAAAUAUUCUAACAUCAUUUUAUUUUAUUCUCUAUAUAAAUCAAUCAGAUUUAUUUAAUGAAAAUUUUUAUUUAAUUUUACCAAAUUUAUUUUCACAAAUUAAACAACAAUAUAAACAAUUAAAUUUUAUUAAUACAAAUUAUGAUUAUAUUAUUCAUGAUUUAUUAAUACGUUUAAAUAGUUAUGAUUUAAUACCAACAGAAAAUUUUUAUGAAAUUAAUCUUUUAUUAAAAUAUUAUGUAUCAAAAUAUCCAUUUUUAUUUUUAAAACAUUUAAAUAAAAUUAAACUUGAUUUACAAUCACGUUUAUCAACAUUAACAUAUGAAGAAUUUCAUACAAGAAUAUCGAAACAACGAACAUUUUUUCUUUCAUUAUUUGAUUUAAUAUCACGUUUAAAACCAUAUAUUUAUGAUUAUAUAUAUGAAAAUGAUUUUCAAUUCAUUCUUGAUAUAUAUAUACGUUUGAUAAUAACACAUUCAUCAACAUUAAAUACAUGUACGAAACAAAAUAUUUUAUCAUCGAAUUAUAUAAAAGAUUUAAUUUAUUUAAUUGAUGGUGUAUUAGAUUUUAUCUAUGAUUAUUUAUAUUCAACAAUUAAUAAUCAACAACAUUAUGGAUUAUUUAAAACAUAUAAUAAUAAAUUAUUUGAAAAAAUUCAAGAAAAAAUACAGAUUAAUAAAGAAUUAUAUCAAUAUUUAAUGGCAAAUAAACAGAAUAAAAUUGUCUAUCAUCUUACACAAUUAAAAAUACUAUAUGAAGCUAUUAGAAUUGAUGAUAUAACAGAUUCUACAAGUACACCAUUAAAUGAUGUAAUUCCAUUUGAUGUUCGACUUUGUUUAGUCAAUCGCGCUUCUUUCGAUAAUUCUUUAAAGCAAACAUCAGAUACAUCAUUACGAAAUAAAUUCAUUGAUAUCCAACAUUAUCGUCUAAAAUUAUCUCUUUCAAUUGAUGAAUAUACUUCAUCAGUUAUAAUUGACGAUGUAUUAUCGACAUUAAAUGAACUAAUAUCUCAUAUAGAUUAUUAUCUUACACUAGAUCAUAUUGAAUUAAUAAUGGAUUCAUUAACAAACUAUCUUUUAAAUGGUAAUAAACAAUUAAGUGAACGAACAUAUGAAUUUAUAUUAAAAUAUAUGGAAAAAUAUCCACAACAUUCAUUCGUAUUCUAUUCAACAUAUAUUAAAUGUCUUUUAUCAACAAAUGCAAUUGUAUUUCAAAUGGCAACUGAACAUUUUUCCUAUUUUAUUAUUUAUUUUCAAUCAAAAGUAAAUGAAUUGUUUUCUAUACUAUUCAAACAAGGUCUUAUUAAUAAAAUUGAUGUUACAACAUCAAUAACACAAGCUAUACGUUUACUUAAUCUUCAUCGUUAUGAUCCAAUAACAUAUACGAAUUUAACAUCAACAAUGCCAUCAAUAACAAUGACAUCAGCGAUAACAACAACGACAACAACAAUACCACCAACAACAACUGUCAAUGAUUGA